UUGCAUUCGUUCGUUUCGGAUCGUUCCUUUCAUUCGAUUGCGAGCAUUUUCCGGGACAGGUUGCUAAACGGAAACGCGCUGCAUAGGACCGUCGUGAUAGGAUCGCUGUAUAGAACAAGAGUGUGGGUCAAAAAAGGUUGGCAAACAGGUGGGGGAACCCGCGCCGCGUUUUAGUCGAUUUCUAGUUUGAGAAGUAGUUAUUUUUCUGCCGUGUUUGCACCCGAGUGCGUGUGUGUGUGGUGAAUAAUUUCGUUUCCGACGAAUUUUUUUUUUUUCGCGAAGCUCCGGCUAUUCCCAACAGGCGACUAAAGAAAUCGGUCCUCUAGUUGGGUUGGUAGUGUACGGGAAGUAGUGGAAAAAAUACUGGUCGCAGAGUGGAACGAAGGAAAAUCGGUGAUUUUUAGUGCAAGGAAAAUUUUACACGAUAAAUAAAACCUUUUGACGUCAGCAAUUAACACGCGGCGACGGUGCUUCCAGAGCUAGACUCAUUUCAUCGGCAUUCUCGUUUGCACUCUGAACCAUCCAUCAGCUUGCUUCCAACUUAACCGGAUUGAAAAAAGGAAAGGAAGGGCAGCGACAAUGUCCGACUACGAUCUGGACGUGGAUAAUCUGAUACAGCGACUCCUGGAAGCACACAAACAACAACAGCAGCAACAAACACCGGAAACUAGGAAGAAGGGCAAACUGAAAGACAUAUUCUCGUCAGAUUUUAUGGUCAGAGGAUGUCGCCCAGGAAAAGCAGUGCCCAUGUCGGAGGAGGAAAUUCGAGGCCUGUGUUUGAAGUCACGCGAAAUUUUUCUUCAGCAACCUAUUCUGCUCGAACUUGAGGCACCACUGAAAAUUUGCGGUGACAUCCACGGCCAGUACACAGAUUUGCUGCGGCUGUUCGAGUAUGGUGGAUUCCCACCGGAGGCCAACUACCUGUUCCUGGGUGACUACGUGGACCGGGGCAAACAGUCGCUGGAGACGAUCUGUCUGUUGUUGGCCUACAAAAUCAAAUAUCCAGAGAAUUUUUUCCUGCUGCGGGGCAAUCACGAGUGUGCCAGUAUUAAUAGGAUAUACGGAUUCUACGAUGAGUGCAAACGAAGGUACAAUGUUAAGCUGUGGAAAACCUUCACCGAUUGCUUCAACUGCUUACCGAUUGCGGCCAUCAUCGAUGAGAAGAUUUUCUGCUGCCACGGUGGAUUGAGCCCGGAUUUGAAUCAUAUGGAACAAAUUAGAAGAAUUAUGAGACCAACGGACGUUCCAGACACUGGACUGCUGUGCGAUCUUCUGUGGAGCGAUCCGGACAAAGAUGUAAAGGGCUGGGGUGAGAACGAUCGCGGCGUAAGUUUCACCUUCGGUGUCGAUGUGGUUUCCAAGUUUCUCGGUAUGCACGAUUUGGACCUGAUCUGCCGGGCACAUCAGGUCGUCGAGGAUGGGUACGAGUUUUUCGCCAAACGCUCGCUGGUCACGCUUUUCUCGGCACCCAACUACUGCGGGGAGUUCGACAAUGCCGGUGGUAUGAUGUCAGUGGACGAACAUCUAAUGUGUUCCUUUCAGAUUCUGAAACCAUCGGAGAAGAAGGCCAAAUAUCAGUACACCGGUACGAACGCGCAGCGGCCGCAGACGCCCCAGCGAAACCAGAAUCAGCCGGUGCCAGCGAGCAAACGAAAAUAAUAAUUUCUCUCCCUCCUGAAUCGCUAUCUGACCCGACGGCGCGGUGGCGGCAGUGGUGGCGGCGGAAGCAGCAGGAAACAGAAAUCAUCAUCAUCACCAUCAUCAUUAUCAGCAUUGCGCAACUCAGCCUCAUCAUUAGCGUCAACGUCAAGAUCAAUGUCCAGUUCAUCGGCUGCCGUCCCUGCUGGCGUCGGGACAAACACAUCCGAUUCAUUAUUAACCAGUAGUAGCAUUAGUACCCGCCUAGAUAACCAAAACCACCAGCAUUCGGUUGCUUUUUCCCGAGGCUCUUCUUCUGCAAGUGGUUCAUCUUACCCACCCACAAAGCAAUCCCGCAAACCCACUCACCUAACACUGAACGUCCACGAUGUUGACUACUACGACGAACACGAUGACGAUGGCGAAGAGGACGACUACGAAGAGGAGGAAGAGGAGGAGCUAAUAGUAACGAUACCACCCCCGCCACCGCCAUCCCAUCACCAGGUGAUGGUAAUGCAGCAGCAGAUACACUCGCUACGGUUGCAUUCACCCACGGACCGGCCGCUCUCCCAACAACCACAAACAAUACAAAUCUUACCGAAAGCGGUCAAAGUACCAAUAGCAGUUCCACCGCCGACACCACCACUACCUUCAUCGUCGUCCUCUUCCUCCGCAACCACCGGUUCCCCCUGGGUACCGCUUCGUUUAGUAGCAAACGCGAAUGAGCAAACAUCGGCAGCAGCGUCCGCCGGUCAACAACAACAAUCAUCGUCAUCGGUGACGUUUUCCACCUUCAGACGGGUGCACUGAGAGAGAUUUGGGGUAUUUUUUCUUGACAAAUUCAUGUUAUCUAAGUCUUUUUUCGGAUUUUUUUCCAAGAAAACACAAUUUCUAUCUUCUUGUUUGCCCAUCAGUAAAUUUUUAGUGUUACGUUUUAUUUUGAUUGAAUCAGAAGCAAUAAAUCUGCUGUGAAUUAUAACAAUAACUGGGAAAGGACCGAAAUGUAGCUUCGUGCUUUUGGAUAGAUGGUGUUGGCGGCCUGUGAUAUCGCUUUUUUGUUCUGAUACUCUUUUCCAACGAUUGUAAUAGAAUUUUGCAAGUUAUAUUAGAUUUCGCUACUCGGUAAUACCGCAUAUAACAGACGUUUAGGCUCAUAUUCAUACGAUUGUAAGCACCUCCAACUGCCAUUUUGAAUAAAGCGAGCGACUAAAGAACGUUUAGCAAACGUUUGUAUGGGUAUCGCAGUGUACGAUGCUGUGCAGUCGAAAUACAACCAUCAGGCUAGUUGUUACUAACAGUUGAGAAGUUUGCACUACUUUUUAAAUUAGUUGUGUUCUAAUCUAAAUGUCUGUUAUUUAUGGUGAUACGUUGCCGUUGUUUUUCAACAGACCAAAACGCUACGUUCGGAAUUUAGGGAUUUUCGUAGAAUGUGCAUCAAUCGAUUUUUGUAAAAUUUGGGACAUUUUUACCCAAAUUUCCAAAAUGUGUAUGUAGCCGCUUCCAAAACUUAAAAAUCUGGCAGAAUGAGAGAUUUGUCUUUUUGUCUGGAAGCUGCCAAAACCUCUGGCUGUGCCAGAUAAAUCUGGCAUAAUGGCAUCCCUGGACAGCGGUAUUAUAGCAAACAUUAUAAAACGUUUGAAGCAUUUUUUGUGUCUCAACGAAGACAUUGGUUCGGGUUCCCUUGGUCGCCAGGCGGCAAGACUUUGUUGCCGUCGAUGCUUCAGUGAUUAGAGAUUCAACAAAGUAUGAUUGGUCUGGAUAGCUGGAGUCUGGAAGUCAUGGGCUGAAAUAAUCGCCGUUAAAUAGCACAGUUCUCCUGUGCCAAUGAAGCUUAUUCUGACAUCAUCACCGAUCCUGAAACCAUCGGUGAAUAUCCGCACGUGAUUGCUGUACUUGGUGGCCAUCAGGCGCCCUGGCUUCGUUAUAGACAGCACCUGCUCUGUACGCUGCGAACAGGCUUGUGUCCCGGGUUUCGCUGGCUAUCUGUAGUAGAAAGCAGUUCUCUUCGACUGGAAGUUCCAAGAAUGUCAGCGAUCAUCUAUCGAUGGUGAAUGUGGCCGCCCAAUGAAGAAACAACAUGAAUUGUCCCAUGGUAUAUGGGGCUUAAAAGGUGGAUAAGAUCUUUUUAUUGCAGGCAGGACGUCAACUUCACCCCGUAAAAUAUUCUGUUGUGGCCUAGCACUUGACUGACAAUAAGUGCGGCGGUUGCUACGCUUGUGUCGGGAGCUGAUCGUUAUAAGUUGUCCAAACGUAUACGAAUCCACAACAGCUGACAUUGGCAUAGACGAAAACGAAGCUUCGGAGAACUGUCGGACUAGCCACGCUAGAUUCCCACCUGGAAGGUGUUGUUAUGUUUCAAGCCUCAUACACAAAAAGUCGACUGGAGAACGGGAGACUCAGUACGGCAGUAAUAUUGUUACGUUAGGGCUCCAGGACCAAACUGAACUGGUGUUUUGUCGAUGAAAGGUUUCUUAAACAUGUGUUGCACCGAAUGAUGCUACAUUAUUAAUUUUGUCCAGACUUAAUGGGUGCAAGGAUUUGUAGCUCAUAUUCUGAGGUCAGCGUAACAAAUUAAUGACGGUCUAGUUUUUGCUCGUCGCGCACAAUCGAGCUGUCCAUGGUAGGGCAUGGAACCUCGACGUUGGUUCAUCGUUCGUGUCAGCAAAUAAAUGUGACCACCGAAACUCAAGUGACCCCAAGUUGACCGGCUGUUGCAAUACUCCCACGAUAUCAUGACACCGUACCUUCGCCACGUCGAGUAUAGCGAUAUAUGCAGGCUAUCGAAAACAGAUUGGUGUUCCACUUCUCCACAGUUGGCGGGAUAAGUGCCGGUUCCUGCUCUAAGACGGAAUACGUACUGUUGUUGAUAUAGGAGUUCAAGCGUUUGACCGCCUUCUGACAAUUCACUCCAUCUUAUUAGUGAAGAAUUAGUCCUGCGAAUAGGCAAUCGGAGGGCUCGGGGACGAACGUUUACAUUUAUGGUACCUAGAAGCUCGAGACAGCCAAUUCGAUUGUUCAAAGUAACCAAAAUCGUCAUAGCACGGGAUAGGUCCCGUCGCACUUGCAAUGUAUCGAGUCCGAUAAGCAAUCUACCAAUCUACGUCUUGACAGCUAGUAUAAGUUGUUUCACGGAAAUCAUUGGAGGGCAAACCGAACAAAUCUACGCCGUACUGCCUCAAUUUGAUGGACACCGUUGAGGUAAUGAGGGGUCCUCACAAUUGAGCUAUGUCCCAGUGUUGAUCGAACAAGUGAGCCGUAGAGAGAUUUCAUGCAGUGAAUAUCUGAAAAGUGCUUAGAUAUUCUCAUUACGAACCCCAAACAGCGUGAUACCUUGGUGACAAUAUAGCCGAUAUGCUGCUUAAACGUCUGUUGUUCAUCGAGAAAAACUCCGAGAUCUUUGACAUAAUUUGCUCUGUCAAUCGUAGAUUCUGCUUGACAGUAUUCGAAUUGAAUUGGAGCUUUUUCCUUGAGAACGUAAUGUUCCUGCAUUUUUCUUUAUGAUUUAAGGUUGCACAGAGAAAGCGUAAAAUUCGCAAACGAAAAAAGCAGUUUUUUUCCACACCGUAUGUCAGAUCUUCAUAAAAAUCAAUCAGCAGUACUGUAACAACAUUCUACAUACGCUGAUUGAUUUUUAUGAAGAUCUGACAUACGGUGUGGAAAAAAACUGCUUUUAUCGUUUGCGAAUUUUACCCUUUCUCUGUGCAACCUUAAGGUCAUUCGGUUGAUUUCGCAGCAUUCCACAAAGGUUACCAGUUGGUGUUGAAGGAAAGUGGCGUUGUCAGUAUUCCGGAUUCUGUGGUAUAAUUCAAGGUUAUCAGCGAAUGACAACCGUGGUCAUAUUAAACAAACAUUGACGUCGUUGAAAUACAGAAGAAAAAUCAAUGGACCGAGAUGGCUGCCUUGCGGAAUACCAGAUGAAGCGAAGCACUCUUCGCAUAAACACUGCCCAUGAUCGCAUAUCAGUCCCAUAAAGAUUGGAAAUCCCACAGAAAACGGUACAACUAUGCGAUCAUGGGUAGAUUACUGAGAUACGAUUGCAUUCAACGGAGACUAUUUGUACCAAAGUCAAGUCUAUCCAACUGCGACACUGCAAUAGCGUGAUAAUUCUUGUCAGAAGCAGCUGAAAGUUUGAAUUUGUGCCAACACAACCAUUUAAAACAGCUUAGGAACUGCACUUGGCGUUGUAAUACCACGGUAAUUGUCAACUUUCUUUCUAUCUACUUUGUGAAAUGGAAACAUGAAGAAGGAUUUCCAGAGGUCGGGAGCGGUUGUUAGCGACAAUUUAAACAGAUGACAAAGAGGUUCAAUUACACCGAUGGAGCAUUUUUUUAAGAAUAAUAGCUGGUAUACCCUCUGGACCAGCCGAGGUUGAAGCCUUCUUUUUACCAAUCGCCAGUUGUACCAUAUUAUUGUCAAUAUUGAUAGAAUUCAACGACUGGUAUGAUUGAGGUAUACUGAGUGCCGCGAAUUAAACCUGGGUCGGUGUCAGUUUCUCGUUGGAGAAAACACCCGCGAACUUUUCAAAGCAUAGUUGGCAAAUCUCCUGUGGACUAGAGCGUUACGCCCUUCAUAGCCCAUUGUCGAAGGCAACCCUUUGUUCUUCGUUUGUUUACAUGCUUCCAGAAAGUUUUAGGUUCGGUCUUCAAUCUACGUUGGUUAACAUGGCCGUAAUGAUGUCACUGCACGUAGCCCCCCAAACUUGGAGUACUUCUUCAGAGCGACUCUUUUAGUCGCUUUAAACUGUCUCAGCUGGGCAGAUUGCCACGUUAGGUGCCUAGAUUGAAGGACGUUGGAUUUGGGUAUAUAUCUAUCGAUAGCAUAGCUCAAAAGAUUGGAAAAGUUGUGAACUGCAACGUUGACAUCGCCAUUGGCCAGAAUUUCGUAUCAGUGGAUAUUCAACAAGGAAGUCAAUAAUGAUAUUCUAGCCGGCUCUUCCAAAGUUAUAGCUGAUGGUGUCAGACAUUUUGUAGCUCUGUUUCCCACGAAUAUCUUGGUGUACAGUCAGAUUUGCUCGAAAGGCACAGAUCGAGGAUUCUGUUGAUCUCGUUCACCGCGUUAUUCCUUUGGCGCAGCAGAUUUAGACUGUUUUGCCCAUAAUCACCAGUCAGUCUCAUGUUGUAUGGGAUUCUAUAUCUACAUGGGACUGACUUGCGAUUAUAGGCAGUGUAGUAGCAGACAAGCAAACUUGUGAUGCCAGCGUGGAAAAAUGACAGUUCGGGAUCUGCGAACCUAAAUCCGUCAGAAGCAGAGCGCCAUUUUAAUCCGGAAAAGUUGAAAUCAUCAACAAUAAAGAUCUCGUCAACCCGGCUUACAUGAGCAGAGAUCCGUACCAGUGACUCAGUGUGUGCAUCAAUCAAGGUCAGAUCGCGAGUCCGGUCUGGUGGCUAAUAAACCACCCAGAGAAAAAGUGCCUAACCAGCCAGUUUAAUUUGCACCCACACCAGUUCGCCACAGACCUUCAAAAUAUCCUUAAUUAGGUGCGCUUUCAAUCGACGAUGGAUAGGUACAAGCAACCCACCGCCGCACAGUGAUCACCUUCCAUACAAAAGUCGGACAAAACCUCAAAAGUGGCCCGAAUUUGAUGAAAACUUUACAUUAAGGUAAUUUUGUGACGUUGAAUUCAUAUUUGAUGUUUAUUUUUUGUUUUUCAUUACCUCAAAAUUUUGGCAAUUAGGGUGGUUCGAAAAUUCAACAUUUACGAAUAUAAAGUGCACUAUAUCCAAAAAUUCAUUUUCAAAAAUAUAGAUGUUAUGAAUUUUUUAGCAGACUAUACAUUUUUUCGAUUGUUGAUAUUAACAAGACACAUCUAUAAAUUAUAUUACGAACCCUGGGUAAUCAAAGGCUACCAUGCGUCUCCUUUAGACAUAUCAUGAAAAAUCAUCUCUUUUCAUAUCUCGGGGCAGAAAGGGGCAAAACAAGAUAUUCAUAUUCGAAAAGUAAACUAAUUUUCAAGUAUCAUGAACAACAAGCGAUCUUUCCGAACUGUUUCAAAAAAAAGUACAGCCACUUUGAACAUUAUAACUUUAAUUUAUUGCAUGAUUUGUUAUUUGUUAUUCAUGUCUGAACGAGAAAAAAGGCUUGUAUCGACUAAAUUGAAUGGCAACCGUAAGUCCAGCGAAUAACCUUUCAAAUGAAACCAGUUCAACCCUAAUCGGAAUCUUAACUAAAAAGAUAUAUUCAUUUGAAUAGCUUAGGUUUGAAUACAGUUUUUUUCAGAAUUCAUCAUCUAUUUCACCUUUGAAGUUCUGUAAAAAAUCUAACUUUCGUGCUCGGCACUUAAUAUUUUGAGAAGACUCUAUUCAACAUGUUAAGAAAUAAAAAAAAAGUUAAAUCAUGAAAAAUCUAAAAUAAAAUUUUGAGGUUUUGUCCGGCUAGGCGACACUGUGCGCCGGUAGUCUUGAGGUUGGUGCGUGAGCAGUGAUCUGUACGGAAGACAUCGUAGUUGACACCUAAUGCAUGCACCGAGAACGUGCUAUCGCAGAGCCACGUUUCCGUGAGGGCGUUUAUAUCGAAGCAUUUAUCCGAACUUGCUACCAAAUUAUCAUCGAUUCCUGUGUUCAUACGACUGACAUUCUGAUUAUAUAUAUGUAGGUUUGAAUGCUGCGGUUAACAGGAAGCAAGGAGCUGAUCAGUGCUUGCAUUAAUUAGGUUCGUAGUUAUCGCUGGUAUCGAUUUGGAAGACCGGUUGACCGCUCCCGUACACAGGACCGGGACGACUUUUAAACGCUGGCUGCAAUUGCUCGACUGGAACUUCCUUAGUGCUAGCUGCAGUGCGUCCCACCGUACGAUGAGUCAUGUCCGCAUAGCACAGAGUGCUUAGUCCUUCUGUAGUCGCUAUAGAGAGCGGAAUAUGCUGUGAAGAGACGUGCUUCCUGAUGACACAGCAGCAGUCUCGUACGCUUGGUGACGCAUAAAUGGGACCUCCAUAUGUACUCAAAGUUGAUAGGAGGGCUGAAAGCGACGUGAGCAGCAAUAUCAUGCGCCUGCAAGGGGGUUGAUUCUGAACGGAGGCAGCAUCUUAUUGUCCAACUUCGGAUGAACAGAUACAUUCUAAGUAUUUACCUGAUGACACAGGAACGAAUCCUUCAUGUUCUCCGAGUUUACUGGAAGGCGAAAGUGUGAUGUCGGCAUCAGGUGGAACGUUUUUGCUGAGUGCCGGCAUCUGAAGUCCAUCCACAGAAGAGUGCAUGCGCUCGGCUAAUGCUGUGUUGCUAAUGCUAAAGGUGUUACAGGCGUUGGAAAGUUGACCACUAGAGGAGUCCGAGGUUUUUGGACAAUAUAUUUCUCAAAGUUACGAAACACAAUUCCUCCCGGCCAAACUGCCCAAAACUGGCUGAACUCUGCACACUUAAUCUUGUGCUACCGAAUCCCAGCUUUUUUUUUGCUACUUUUACCGAGUUUUGCAUAGCCGAGCACUCGGCUAACAAAGCUUUUACAGAGAUCUCAGUAGAAAUGACGUUUGUUUUGAAUAAACUCGGUAAAUAUAUCGCUGAAAAUCAGUAAAUUAACGCCACUUUGCUGAGCUAUCAGUUGAAAAUUUUUACUGACUGUUCAGCUGUGCGGAAAUUACCGAACUGAAUUGAGUGUGUGCACUUUUGAAUUGUGUGCCAUUGUCUCUGACGAGGACCUUUGACUUUCCCUUGUUGACCAACAGUGAACGAAACAGGUUGAUGGUUGCUGUUAUCAUGAUCCGCCGAGUUGUGAAAACUUGCGGCAAUUUGCUACAUGCGUCGACGAUUACGAGAACAUGCAUCAACCCGUUGUCAUGGACCGGUAGUUGACGGCCAAGAUUUUGGUGUUGCUUUAAAUGAUAAGCCUUGAUUAAACUGACUAUCGUCUCAUCAAAUCCUGGUUAAUACACACAGCUACGUGCGAUUGCUUACAUCCGUUGCACUCCCGGCUGACCCUGGGGAUGGAUUUGAUACAGAUGUCACUUUCGGUAGAGUUUAGUAAUCACGAUCCUGUUUCCGAACAUAAUGCAGUCUUGGACGAUCGAUAAAUCUUCGUGGUAAUCGUAAAGUUCUCGCAGUUCCCAAUCGUAUUGGGCCAGUCAUCUUGGAUGAAACUUUUGAAGAACUGAAUCGGACUUGGUUGUCUUCUUGAUCAUGCUGAAACUAAGAGGUAACAGAUUGACAUUUCCAAUUUUUUAUAAUUCAGGACAGUACAGCGGCAUUCCCGAACUUGACUGUCGAAACGUAUGCCAUGGACAAGUCGCAGGAGAGUAAUGUACGGUUCUACACUGAAACCGGUUGACAGUACACUGGUAUUGUUCCUAUUUUUAGAUCCAAAGAUUUUUAGUACCGGCGCAUGAACAAGAACAUGUGAAACUGUGUUACAGCAGAGUACACAAAUCCUUUCCGAUCUGUCUAAGAAUAUCGUUGUUCUGUGGUUGUGAGCGCUUGAAAUGCAUGCUAAGUAACCUUGAUCUUAUCUCGGGAACCUUAUGGUUUAUUAUUUAUUUGUUAUAGCUUCACUAAUAUACCUCUUGACCUCAAUAGUGGUAGCUUGAACUAGUUACAAUUAAGAAUAGAUUAUAUUUUAGCUUCAAUCGAAUUCCUCAAGUGGAAGUCAAAUGCCAUCGCCACAUUUAAAAAUACGCUGAAGUCCGGUAACAGCGCUCUGACGACCAUAGCGUGUUCUCCUGAAAAGUAAUCGCAGGAGAGAGUUGUUACGUAGAGCGCAAAUGCGGGUUUAAAGAUCCACUCAUCCGAGGAUUGUAGAGCAAUCCACUCUGGUUGACAGUAAGUCCAAGACGACGAGCAGAGCUCGAGAGCAGUCCAUUUGGACGCCUAGAGUGUCGGCAUUUAUUAUCUGACAACGGUUUAUCGGACCCGCAUAAUCUGCAUGAACCAGCUAUGGACCAGUGGUCGAUAGGCCAAGAUUCUGGUGUUGCUUUAGGUGACAAGCCUUGACCUAACUGACUUUCGUCUCGUCAAAUCCUGACACGUACACAUAUCUACAUGCGACAGCUUUCAUUCAUUGCACUCCGGGCUGACGCUUGUGGAGUUGAUUCAGGCGCCUCUUUCGGUAGAGCUUAGUAGUCACUAUUCUGUCUCCGUACAUAAUGCAGCCUUGGACGAUCGAUAAACCUUCACGGUAAUCGUAAGGUCAUCGCAGUUUCGAAUCGUAUUUCAUCAGUCUUCUUGGAUGAAAUUGUACGCCUUCUGAAGAACUGGAUCGAACUUGGUUGUCUCCUUAAUUAAGUUCAAACUAAAAGGUAAUUGAUCGACGUUUCUGACUGCUAAUGACCCCAAUUAUUCUUCCAGGGUGGCACAGACUACGACGAAGUCUUCGUCUGGCUUUAUAUGCGGAUUUAUGAUUCAGGAUAGCACAUCUGUUUUUCCGAACCUGGUAGUCGAAACGUAUUCUAUGAAGAAGUAGUAGAAGAGCGAUGCUAGAGCCCUACACUGAAACCGGUUGGCAGUGUGUACUGGUAUUCCUUGUUUUUAGGUCCAAAGAUUCGUAGUAGCAGCGCAUGAACUAUUUCAAGAUUGAACUACCUCUCGAACAAGAAUUUGUGAAAUUUGUGUUACACCAUGGAGUACACAAAUCCAUUCCGAUUCGGCUAAGAAGAACGUUGUUCUGUGGCUUUGAGCGCUGGAGAUGCAUGCUAAGUAACCUUGGUCUUACCUCGGGAACUUAACGACUUAUUGUUUGUUUAUUUGUUGUAGUUUCACCAAUAGACCUCUUGGCCUCUAUAGUGGUUGCUUAAACUAGCUACAUUUAAGGCUAGACAAUAUUUUAGCUUCAAUCGAAUUCCUCGUCAAGUGGAAAUCAAAUGCCAUCGCCACAUUUAAAAAUACGCUGAUAUCCGGUAACAGCGCUCUGACGACCCUAGCUUGUUCUCCUAAAAGGUAAUCGCAGGAGAGAGUUGUUACGUAGAGUGCGAAUGCGGGUUUGAAGAUCCACUCAUCCGAGGACUGUGGAGCAAUCCACCCUGGUUGACAGUAAGUCCAAGACGACGAACAAGGCUCGAGAGCAGUCCAUUUGGACGCAUAGAGUGUCGGCCUGUAUUAUCUGACAUUGGUUUUCCUAGCUCGGCAGCUAAAAUCUGUUACGCCAAGGAAGAUAUCGGAGUGCAAAGCGUUUGAACCUGCGCUGGACAGCAUCGAUUCUGUCAAGCCAGUUCUGGUCGUACGGGUUCCAAACAACAGGACAAUAUUCUAGUGUUGAGCGAAUCAAUGCGCAAUAAAGCGAUUGUAGACAGUUUACGUCCUUCAAGUUUUGCGGAAGUUGAACCCUAAUUAUCUUGAUGCGUUAUCCACGAUGUACAAAGUAUGUGGUUUGAACGUUAGUGUGGAAUCCAUGAUGACUCCGAGAACCUUGAUGUGGAAGUAUCUUGGAAUGUUCGAAUUGAACAAAUGCUAGGUGAACUGGAUCGUGACGAUUGAGUAUUUACUCGGAUUUAAAACCAUUCGGUUUAGAUAACACCACGUACUGCAGUUGUCCAGUUCACUCGAAAAAAAAAGCUCGGCAUCGGUUGUACCCCGUAUUGGUCGAAAAAUCUUUGUCAUCGGCUAAAGAAAGGCGGUGUCCUUGUGGUUUGAUAUUGACGCCAUUAAAGUAAAGGAGGAAUAUUACAAGGCCGAGAUGGCUGCCUUGCGGGAUGCUGGAUGUAGCAAGGAGUGUUCCAGGUAGACAGUCCUUAAUGUUGCUUGGAGUUGCCUUCCAUCGAGGUAGAAACGAAACCAGUGCGUAAGUUGUCCAUGAAUAACGAGUUUGUCCAGCGUCGCUAUUGCGAUAUCAUGGUUGAUUUUGUCGAAGACCGCAGAUAGAUCCAUGUAAAUAGCAUCGGUUUGCAAUCCGUUGCAAUACAUCGAGUACAUAAGUUGUGAACGAGUAUAGGUUGGUCGUUUAGGCAUAAAACCGUGUUGGCUGUCGGCAAUGUAGUGUUUGCUGCGAAAGAACCAGUUCGAAUAGUUUUGAUAUGGCACUCAAAGACGAGAUUCCCCGAUAAUUAUCAAUGUUCGAUUUGUUUUCCUUUUUAUGGACUUGAAACAUGUGGGUAUGUUAUUCCAAUUCCAACCGAUGCUGUAUCUCUAGACACUAUUUAGUCAAGAAAACCGAUUGGAACUUGUCGAACGGUUGCUGGCAUUCUAAAGUCCACUUCAACGACGAGCUGGUUUUGAAUGAUUCGUCCAGUGGACAUCGAACGAACUUUCCGUAAUAAUUGAUAGGAAGAAACGAACAACGGUAAGGUCCUUUUGGAUUUCGUAUGUUUCUGAUAGUCUCACUGGAUUUGAACGCACGCCAUGACGGUCCAGUAGGAGAUCUAUAUACCGGAUCCGCUGUUGCUCAAACAAACGCGUUCCUGGGCGUAUGGUGAAACCGUAGUCUUGAAUUCGCUGCAUGACUGCUUGCAGAUAGAUUCAACCGCAAUCAUUGUUGGCGUUUUGUGUUUUCCGGCUUUGGUAACCGAAGAUUGCACUCGUGAGGUUUGGUAGCGGUUGGAUUUUAAAUGGACAGUUAAUUUAAUUACAAUUCUAGACCUAACUCCUAUCGAACAAAGUCAAAUACAGAUUGACAUGUUAUGAUAAUGGGACAGGGUGACAUGUUACACUUGUUUACGACGAAUGCGAGGUUCGAACGAAAGUGGUUCGUAUUCUCAUUGACGACAGCAAAAUCAAAUGGUCUUACUAUUCGAUCGAAUAACUUUCGAACGAAUCUCGCAUACUUCAUAAACAAGAAUAAGGGUGUGGAUUUUCAUAAACGAUUGAUUUAUUCCUUUACAUUCAUGUUUCCGGACGAAUUUGUUUCUUUUGUAUUUUUAUCGAAUUAUCCUAAAUAUCUGAUCCUCAGAUAUUAGCAAAAACUUUGUGCUUACUCAUAUUCUAGCAUUCCUAAGACUUUGCGAAUAUCUCCUUAAUAAAACAGAGAUGAAUUUUUGAAUUCCAAUUUCCGAUACGGCAGAGACAUAAAUUAAUUAGAAGGUUUAGAAAUUUGAUUGAUUUCCACCAGGUUUACUGCACAUACUAAGGAAUCGAUUUUAUUUGAGGCAAAAUUCUGGCGAAAACUAGACAAAGAGUUCCGACUGAUUUGAUUGAAAUGUUACUUGCCAAGAUGUAGUAUACCCAUUGGGUAUCCACAUAUUUCUAUAGUACAAGUUUCGACAUUUUAAUUUGCAGGUAAACAUAUCGUUUACACAUGUAGUUGGGAAGAAAGAAAAAAACUUCUAGGCUUAAGGAGUGGGUAGAACAGUGUAAAAAGGCGAUUGAAAUGUCAUAUAUCUCAAGAGGUGCUUUUGGAAAUGUCGCUUUAUUCCGUUUGUAUCUGUUUAUUUUUUAGCAGAAUUCAAGUGACUCAACAUUUAAUAUGCCGAAGUGAUAGAGGUGAUGAAGAAAUAGAGGAAUUGAUUAGUGCUGUUUCAGUGAAGGAUUUGGUAUUUGAAAUAAAAAGAAAAUCGUGUGAAAUUUCACUGUGUUGAAGCAGCUUGAGUUGAGAUUACAAACUACAAUUAGUGUCACAUACAGCAAAUAGAACAAAUGAAGUCUUUAUUGUACUUAUGUAUCCAGGUUCCAUGAAGCGGAAAAUUUUUAAAUUUAAUGUUUCAUAAUUCCGAGAGAAAGUGGUACUUGUUACAUUUAGAAACAAUGGCGAUUUUAUUUCACGUUUAGGUUCCGGUACGUUGGUGAUAAGAUCUCCCAAAUAGCCCGAAUUGUGUCACGAAUGACAUUACAUGCUUUGGAGAAGGCAAUUCAAAAAUUGUUAAAAAUAGCUAUUGAUGUUUGCGGGUCACCAGUAGCGAGAUACUCAGCGCCAUUGCCAAACGAAUUCCUGGACCUUAAGCCUUCACAUUUUCCUUGGGUAAGCUUGGGACGAACGAGUUUCAAUAACUUCUUAUAAUCUUCUGGGCUCAUUCUGAAGUAUUUGAAAAACAAUUUUGGAUCUCGUUUGAUCUUCAUCGUGAAGGUGCUUCAUCACGUAUCCAGGAACGUUUGUUUUGUAUACUUCCUAAAGUUAAAUUUAAUUGGUAAAAUUUACCUCGGUACACGAUACAACAAAUAUUUUUCGAGCUGCAUUUUUUUUUUAUUUUUUAUUUGUGGAAAACGUGAAGAUUGCAGCUUCGACUCCACAUAAAAGCAAAGAUGAUAUUGCUUGUGGCACUAAAAACUGGAUUUUAAUCGCACUUGUGCGCUUACUUUUCUUCUAUUAAAUUCUUCUCAUAGACUGGUUAGUUCGGCUGGUCUGUCUAUGAAAGUACCAUCUCUAUCACUUGAAAUACAUGUGUUUUGACAGCUCGCAGUUUUCAGUAGCAGUUUGAUCAGUCGCAGUUUGAAAGUGCGGAGUCCAGGUUGGUGUGAAGUGCGCAAUAAUACUUUAAUUAUGACGACAUAAUAUGGUAAAGGUGUCGCGAUUAAUUAUUAUUUAUUUGUAACGGUGAGUUUAAUAUAAAUGAAAAAUACAAGUUCAUUCACAUAUGUCGUAUUCGUUUUUUACUCGAUUGUACACAAAUGCGAGUGUAGUGCUACUAACCUCUACUAUACCCAUCUUGGCUCGAUAGAUUUUUUUUCGCUGCAAUGAAGCGUAAGGGGUGACCCAGUAUCGUGUAAUGUUAUGUUAUCAAGCGUACUAUAAAAAGCCGAGACACAUCAUUAAACCCAGAAACACUUUUUAAAAUGUUGGAGACAUGAAAUAAUUUAUGAAAAUCCAGCCUAAGGAGAAAAAAUUGGGUAACUAAUAUUCUACCCUAAUGCGAUUUUUUUUGGAGAAUCUACUCUGUGUGUGAAAGUCACAAGUCUUGAUUUAAUAAAGUCAUGGACUGCGUAACGUUUUUGUCUCAUUAGAAACCGACACUAACUGAGAGUCGGAAAAAUUUAGCGACGGAUUGAUGCUAAAUCUUAAAUCGCGGCUUUGCUAUGUCUCAUCAGUAUAACAGGAUUUCUGCUCUACCGGGACAUUCCGUUUUUGGAAACACAAAUGAUUUUGAUGCGAUGAAGUCUUGCAGUACUAGCUUCACCUUGGCCUUAGAACACAGUUCCAAUGCGCUGCUGAAAAGAUUGUGAAUUUGAAAAAAAAAUACUAGCUGAUUCAUCGGAUAACAUUUUUAUUAUUUGCUUUCGCUACUCAAUAGACGAUGACAAUUUUCCACAGAAAUACCCCAACCUCUCGAGUUGUUAACUAGCAUCAAUAUAAGGAAAAUCACAGAAACACUGUCGUGAGAUUUAUGUCUACUAAUUUGCACGACAGAUAAACCCUUAUCAUGGAAAGAUGAAAACGACAAACAAGAAGAAAAGAAAAUAGUGCAUCAAUACAAUACAGUAAACACACGUAAGGUAAUAGAAACAACUAGAAAUCAACAACAUUUUGCUUUUAACACUAUAACUACUACCUACCUGUGAUUUUUGUCAGCAAAAGUCGGUCUACAUAGCAAAUAAAACACAGACACACACACCAACAAUACACAGCCCAUGCAAGAAAACUUUAGCCUACUUAGACCUAAUUAUCAACAGAAUGAUUGGUUGAAAACCUUGAAUGGUCCUCUAUGUGUGUGAGAGAAAGAUAGAGAGAGAGUGAGAGCGAGUAAAAGAACGGGGUUAGCAAAGCCACCCAAGAUUAUAAAAGUAUGUAUUUAUAAAAAAAAACACUAAAUUCUACUAUCACUGACGAUGUGCGAGUUAAACCAAACAAACAAACAAAACAAAAACAGUGAUGAUAAUCAUGUUUUUAUAUAGACCAGUCCCAGCGCCGAACUUGUUAACGCGUAAUUGAGACAGAUAUAGAUACACUAACACACCCACACACUCCAGGUGUCCCGGGAGUUGGGAAAAUAUAUAGCAAUGUUGUAUAAAAAAAUAAAGUACUGUAAAACAAAUCAUAAUCUUAUAAAACCGGAACUAAAUGUAGCCAGUAGGAGGACAAUAGACAAACCAGAACAAGUCAGAACAUUAUAGAUAAAAAAAAAAUCUAGUGUAGAAAGCCAUGGAAAGUAAUGUAAAGCAAACACACACACACACACAUUGCGACGAAUAUAUCACUUCGGAAAUGAAACAAAAACACCUGAUAAACGUCUAUUGGUCGAAGCGAAGAAAGGAAAAGAACCAAUAACAAGCUGAAGAUGAGAAGAGUGAAAACAGACAUGUCAACGGGUCUCUACUGCGAGCGUGCAGCAUUAGGCAAAUAACAUAAUCAAACAAUCGUUGUAUCAAGCGAUUAUAAACCAGCAAGUGGAAUGGUUUUGAGAAUCAAGAACACGAGGCCGCGUAUUUAACACUGAAAAGCUAUCAUAAGCUAUGCGUGUAGUCGCCAAGUUAAUUAACAUGCAUUGAUUGUAAACGUGAAGAAGAAACCAUCAAAAAAUAUAUAUAAAAGGUUUUUAAAUAGUCAUGUCAUGCAACUUUCUUAUUUCCCGAACCCUGAAUCGUUGAUCAUUGUUAUCAGUAAAUUUAAACGAUUACAAACAAAACAAAUAAAUUGUUAAGUAAGAAAUGAAUUGCCUUCUUGAUGUAGAAGAGAACAAAAUUAUUUAUUGGACAAAAGCUCAUCAGCUCUGAUUUUUUUCUCCAGUGUAUAGAUUGCUAGGAUCAGUAACGGAGCACUGUUUUUUUUAUAAUAAACCCACGAUGUGUUGCUGCAUUUAUCCGA